AUGAACUCCGUGGCGUCGAAACGACUCUUCCAAGAGUACGAACACCUCACGACCGACCCACCAGAUGGCAUCACCGCCGGCCCCGUGAAUGAAGACGACCUCUUUGUAUGGGAAGCCAUGAUCCAAGGACCCGAGGGUACCCCAUACGAAGGGGGAGUCUUCCCCGCCGAGCUCAAAUUCCCCAAGGACUAUCCGCUCAUGCCGCCGACUAUGAAGUUCCAGUGCGAUCUGUGGCAUCCUAACGUCUACCCAAACGGCGUCGUAUGCAUAUCCAUCCUCCAUCCACCGGGCGACGAUCCAAACCAUUAUGAGCAGGCCUCGGAACGCUGGAGCCCGAUUCAGAGUGUCGAGAAGAUUCUCAUCUCCGUCAUGAGCAUGAUUGCUGAGCCGAACGAUGAGAGUCCGGCGAAUGUGGAUGCCGCAAGGAUGUGGAGGGAGCGCAGACCGGAAUUUGAGAAGAGGGUGAGGUUGGAUGUUAGGAGGAGUCUGGGACUCUGA